ACCUCACAUAUAAAUCACUGCCCAAUUAUUCAAACCAUUCCCAAAAUCAUCAUCAUCUUCUUCCUCCUUCCAAAAAAACCUCAAAGCGAAACCCUAAAUCGAAUCAAGCUCCAUCCAUGGCAGAAAUUGAGGUCCCCCCAUACUUCCUCUGCCCGAUUUCCCUGGAGAUCAUGAAAGACCCCGUCACGAUCUCCACAGGCAUUACCUACGACAGGGACAGCAUCGAAAAAUGGAUUUUCUCCGAGAAGAACAGCACCUGCCCCGUCACGAAACAGCCCCUUUCCGACACGGAAAUCGUCACCCCCAACAUCACUCUCCGGCGGCUUAUCCAGUCCUGGUGCACUCUCCACGCCUCCCAUGGCAUCCAGCGCCUCCCCACGCCGAAAGCCCCCGUCACUAAGCCCCAGAUCUUGAAGCUUCUAGAAGACGCCAAUUCCCCACACCUGCAAAUCAAAUGCUUGCAGAGACUCAGAUCCAUCGCCUCCCAGAGCCAGACGAACAAGAGAUCCAUGGAGAGCGCCGGCGCCGGCGAGUUCUUGGCCUCUUUAAUCGUCGGAAAAACCCGCCAGGCAUCGUCGCCGGACGCCGCCGGAGAUUUGUCAGACCUUAAAAAGGCCUGUCAGGAAGCCCUCGCCGUCCUCUACACCCUCCAGUUAUCAGAAUCGUCCCUGCAAACCCUAACUAUUAAUUCCAAAUUCAUCGAUUCUUUAACCCUAAUUAUGCAAUUUGGGGAUUUAGAGUCACGCGCACAGGCCAUCGUCGUCUUAAAAUCCGCCCUGGAAGUGGCGGAUCCAUCCCAAAUCAUCAAUUCCAGCCUGGAAUUUUUCGUGGAGCUUAUCAAAAUCAUGAAAGAUCGAAUCUGCCCGACGAUCACGAAAGCUGCCCUGAAAGUACUGAUCAAUGUGGGCCCUUUGGGGAGGAACAGAAUCAAAUUAGUGGAGGCUGGAGCAGUGCCUGUACUGAUCAAUCUUCUGCUCGAUUCUCCCGACAGAAGAACAUGCGAAAUGCUUCUGACAGCAUUGGAUUUCCUCUGCCAGUGUCCCGACGGGAGAGCCGAGUUCCUCAAUCACGCCGCCGGAUUGGCCGUCGUCUCCAAGAAGAUCCUUAGGGUUUCGCCAUUGGCGAGCGAGAAAGCUCUCAGGAUUCUUCAGGCCAUUUCCCGGCACUCAGCCACGCCGGCGGUGUUGCUGGAGAUGCUGCAGAUCGGCGUCGUCGCAAAACUGUGUUUAGUUCUUCAGUUAGACUGUGGAUCGAAGACGAAGGAGAGAGCCAGGGAGAUUCUCCGAUCGAACGCCAGGGCCUGGAAGAAUUCUCAUUGCGUACCCAACACUAGGAUUUUUUCAGAUCCCAAUUCGAAUUAAUUAACGAAAACAUUAAUCAGAGAUACAUGUAAUUAAAAGUAUAUGUGUUUUGUAAGAAUUAGCUGAUCACCAGGUGUAUUUAAUUUCUGGACUUCCAUAAAUUGUUGGAAGAUUAAUUUUUUUUAGGAAAUUGAUUUAAAAUUAAUUGUUCCUCUUAUUUUCAUUUUUCAAUACAGUGGCAUUCUUUUA